AAAUCUUGCGGUCACACUUAUUAAAUUCAUCAUUAGUUUCGAUGUAUUUUACGUAGACAAACCUUGCGAAAUUGUGGCUUAAAUUUGCUUAAAAUUGGUACAAAUUGCCUCGUCCAAAGCACAAUACAUUUUAAAAGAAAAGCAACCAAAACAAAUUCGUAAAAAUGGCCGACGACUGGGAAUCCGCCGCCGACAGUGAAAUAGUCAUACGUCCGAGUGCAGUCAACAAUAUAAACAAGUGGGAGGGCGAGGACGACGACGAGGAUGUUAAGGAAAGCUGGGAGGAUGAGGAGGAGAAAAAGGACGAGGAGAAACCCACGAAAACAGAAGUGCCAGUCAAAACUAAACCGAACAAGGCGCUUAAAGCUAAAUUGGAAGAGCAAGAGCGACUAAACGAGGAGGCGGAAAGUAAACGUCUUGCGAACUUGACACCCGAAGAGAAAUUAGCUGAGAAGCUGCGUCUGCAGAAGAUUCAAGAGGAAUCCGAUCUGAAGAGCGCUCUCGAGACAUUCGGCGUGACGAGUAUAGGCGGAGGCCUCGACGCCUUCAAUCCGCAGAGUAAAGAGGAGUUCAAGGAAUUCGGUGCAUCGAUCAGCUGGAAAGUUGCACAGUAUCGUGAAUCGCCGCACUUUCCACAAUUCGUCGAGGAUCUUGUGCGCAGCUUAUGCGUGAACUUGAGUGCUACUGACAUUAAGAAGGUCAAGAUGAGCGUGGAAGUCUUGCAUUCAGAAAAGAUGAAAAUGGAGAAAGCAAAUGCCAAGAAGCCAGCUGCCAAGGGCAAGGGCAAAGUUUCGCUGCGCACAGAAAACGAUGAUAUUGAUGGCUACCAAAAGUAUGGAAAUGAUUUUACCGAUGAUUACGACGAUUUCAUGUGAAUAGUAGGAUCAAUAGUUACAAAAGAACACAACACAUAUAUCUGAUUAUUGAAUAUAAUAACAUAUAUAGUAUAUAUACAUAGUUGCUUGUUGAAGUGAAAGAGACAUUUCUUCUUGUUAAAGGAAAGCGCGCAGGAAUUUAAAACCUUUUUUGUUGAUUGAAAAGCUGAAUAUAUAGCGCCAUAUUAAUAUAAAUAUAUGUACAUAUAUGUGUAUACAUAUAUAUAUUUGUAUUUAUAUGACAGCACACACACCAUUACACAUGAUGUAAAUUAUAAUAUAUAUUAUAUAAUAGAAUAACUAAAGUCAAGUCAAGCAAGCAAUCAAGAAACCUCAACGAACAUUUUUCAGAUUACACAAAACAAAAUACAAAAUAAUUAGGUACAUGGACGGCUUCUUGUAAAUUCUCUUUUGUAUAAUACUACUAUAAAGCGAUAUUAAAACAAGCUCAAUUGA